AUGCCGAGUUCUAAUCGUUCAAGGAUGGAAUUCAUGUACGACACGGAAGUUGUUUUUACCGAAAGUUUUGCAGCAAAACCCAAUCGAACUCUUGUAGUGAACACAAAUGCACCUCUCCAUUCAAUUAAUACUAACAUUGGACCAUCCUCUGGAGUAUUCACAUUUCCAUCUGAUAGCCACUUUCCCGAUCGUUUUAUUUUAUGGCGAGCAGUAGGGCAAAAGCUCUUCCUAGAAGAGCGUUCACUAUGCCGUACUAUCGUUGACAGCACAUUAUGCUUGGUUUUCUCCCGAACACCGAUAUUGCCUGGCACAUCGAUAGCAUUAUUCGACCAGAAUGUUCUUUGCAUUGUUGUACCAACGCAAUCGACCGUUCAUAGGUUUUAUGCAAGGCUCAUUUAUGACCCAACGGAAAUGAUCCACAAGGAGGUCCCCUCAGUUUUCACGCAAAUAAUAGAGAAAGAGUUCCUGGUCGAUAACCACACUUUCUAUCAACUAUCUACAAAUGGGCAUGCAUUUCGCUCAUCGAUUAUUCACCGACCAGACCUCUCCCGAAUUGCUUAUUGCAUGACAGAAGGACAAAUGGUUGUAGUGACUAUGCACGCUAAUACAUAUGAUAAGGUAGAAGAAGUGACAUUCCGUGAGUAUGGACUUAUGAAACGCUUGUUGGGAGAAGCGUCAUCGGGUGGCGUGUCCGAUGUCUCAGGAUUGGCCACAGAAAGAGUUGGCCGCAGUGAAUCCGAAGAUAUGUUUUAUGCCAUUUACCACGACGGUACUUUGCGAGCUUGGAAUGCGGAGGGUGAGGCCCUAUUGGAUUUUGGAGUCGUUCACAAAAACAGUGGUUCACGUUCUCUUUGGGCAAUUUGGAAUUCGAUGUCGACCGCAAAUGAGUAUUUUGUGGAAUACAUUGAUAUAGAACUAUCGCAUGUCAAGUCAUCGAAUGUGAUGUUGCUUCACUGGAGACUGGCGUCUGCUUUGACUGCGCAUGUUGAUUCGUAUCUGCGCUCUCCUGAGGUAGAAUUCUUCACGUCUCUGUCACGCACAUGUGACCAGCUUGAAGUGGCUGCUCGUGGUCCUCUUGGAUUGUUUAUUCUUGAUAUGGUCGGAGCAGUUUUGACUGGAGUUAUUCACCAGGAGGAAGACGGCAUGGUUUUGGAUGAAAGUGGAAUUGUAAAUGGGCCAGCUCAUAGUCACAUGCCAACAAGGGCAGAAUUGGAGCUAUUUGCUCGCACUUAUCCGGAUCGAACUCUAGACAAACAUUAUUGUAUGAGGUUCCACUUUCGACGUCAAAAAAACAAAAAAACGAACACAUUCGAUGGAAAUUUUGUUUCUGGAUUGAUCUCUUCCACCCUUCGCCAUGUUGUUCAGCAGCGUCUUAAGAUUGCAAAGAGUUUGUUAGCCGUGAUACAACUUUAUGAGGAAGACAGGGAUCGCUUUAAUUAUCACGUGUUCGACUUUCCUGGUCUAGAGGAUCAAUUCAAUGAAUUUAUUGCUCUUUACACCCUUUUUAAUGCUCAACUUUCACUCAAACUCACUAAGGAUAGUGCCCAGGUAUCGCUCUGUAGCUGGUUUAUGGCUGGCGAAGGUGUUGAAUGGGUUCGUGAUGCUGCUCAAAUCGGUGACAUCGACGAAAGCAGCACAGUUCCACAAUUUAACGAAUUUCUCAGUGCUGUUGUAAAAGCAUCACUAAAACUUCUGUCUCCAAAGUCACCUCAAGCGCUGUUGGCGAGGAGUUUGGCAACCUAUGAUAAGUAUCACGCUCUCAUGGAUCCAGAAGUCAAACGAAUGGCUCUCGGUGAGCUGAUCAAGCGCAUGUUGCACGCUAACGACUGGCAGUCCAUCGUGGAUUUGAAUUAUGGCAAGCUAGAAGAGGAGGUAGAGCGCACCCUGCUCACAUCCGCACGCGCUCAAGAAGCAACAGCUCCGAACCACCUAUUCAAGCUGGUGUUUUCUUUCUACAUGAAAAGGAACGAUUUUGAAGCUGCUGCACGCGCUCAGUAUGAAUACGCCUUUGUUCUGCGUACUCAAGCCGAACAGACACCGGAAUUAUUGCGGAAACGACGCGACGCACUUGCUGUAGCGUCUACCCUCCUGGAUCUUUUACCUGAAAACGAUCGAUUUAUAUCGUUCCCAUCUGAGGUAAUUUAUUUUUGUUUGCUGUUUCGAAACCCUUCAGGUUCCAACUGCCAAAGGAAGCUGGUGGGAAGUGAUGAGUUAGAAGCGGCCCAGGAAAUAACCCAAGAAAUGGUUGAUGUGGCUAUGAGUGACGUCAUAGCUGAUGAACUAAAUAUUGUCUCUCCAGAACGUACUUCUACCCAACAUCGAAUGUUCAUCCUUACAGCGGAAGAAAGCGGCCAGGAAAUAACCCAAGAAAUGGUUGAUGUGGCUAUGAGUGACGUCAUAGCUGAUGAACUAAAUAUUGUCUCUCCAGAACGUACUUCUACCCAACAUCGAAUGUUCAUCCUUACAGCGGAAGAACUUUGUGAAGAAUGCGUGGUGGCGAGUGCACGUGUGGCUCUGCUGGUUACUGGAGAAGUUCCCCCUAGUGAUCCGAAAGAAAUAGUGGAAAAGCUCAUCGCUAUUAAAAACUAUGAUGUCGCGUUUGAUGUUUGCAGGCAUUGCAAUGUUUCUGUGUGCGACCUGCUGUGCGCUGUAACCCAAGAUGCCAUGUCGAUAGAUGCUAAUCCACCCGACGUUUUGCCAUCUUGGGUACAAGCAAAUCAACGACGCGCUGAGAAAACUGGGUCCAGUAACCACUGGUCUGUAGUGCGUGGAUUGCUGGCAGCUGCAGGACGUCUCUGGCCCAAUGAUUCACGCCCGUUGCGCGCUGUUACACGAACGUUUCUGGCUCACAAGAUUCCAGUUCCAUGCUGGCUGGAUGCAGAAUAUGCGGAUCGAGAUGUUGGUGGAUAUUUGCGGUGUUUGAUUGAAUAUGGAGCGAUUUCUCAAGGUCUCAAAGUAGCGCUGGAUUGUGUUGAUCAAGAAACUAGGAAGGUUAAGUCGAUUGACUCCAGGGUUUGGCUACCCUUGACCGCCAUUAACGAUUUAUUGAAUUUGGGCGCAAAGCAAAAGGAAGAAAAGCUGCUUUCGAAUUUGAACGAAAAAUUGCGGACUCAUUUUAUGCGUGUCGAAGUAACAUUUCUAGCGUUUGCAGUUUUCACAAUGGAUUGUAGUGACAUAAUCAUACUAGAUCAAUCUACUUGUGAAGCGGCGGUUGUGCCGUCAAUUGAUGGUAUUCCAAGAUCGUUUGAAAAUGACCCAGGGAAGCGUUUUUCUUUUGGCGUGAGCAACCUCUCCCGUCGAUCUCUUUCACAACCAGUACUUCGGCCGAACUUGAAUCGUUGCUAUAUUGGCUACACAGUAGAUCCAAACAGACGAAUUCGGCAGCACAAUGGAGGCCGAGAGAAAGGUGGUGCUAAGAAAACGGAUAAUAGGGGACCUUGGGAUAUGGUGUGCAUUAUUCAUGGUUUUCCAAAUAGCGUAGCAGCAUUACGUUUUGAAUGGGCAUGGCAAAAUCCUGAAAAAUCACGGGUAAUCAAAGGUCUCACAUUGAAGAAAGGGAAGAAGGAGACACCGUUUGCGUACAGGCUACGGGUUGCAUGCCAUUUGAUGAAUAGUCGACCUUGGAAUCAGUUUGCGCUCACGUUUCGAUGGUUGUUGCCGAAGGAAGAAUUGCCCUUCCCGGAAGAAGUUCCACCUCCUAAGCAUGUUCUGAAGAAGUACGGAUUGAUAGAGAAGUCGUCCACAGAACUGUUGUCAGAGAGGGAUGCUUAUGUUGAAAAAGGAGAAUGCCGGCUGUGCGGUAACAAUAUUGAAAAGAAGUUCAGUGAGUCCAUGAUUAUCCCAAUUCGCUGCUUCACAUGUGGAAAAGUGAUUGGCAACAAAUGGGAGGCUUAUCUUGGUCUCUUACAAGCGGAAUACACUGAAGGUGACGCACUUGAUGCCUUGAAUUUGCGCCGAUACUGCUGUCGUCGAAUGUUGUUGUCUCAUGUCGACUUGAUAGAGAAGCUUCUGAAUUACCAUCCAUUGGAGAAGUAG